AUGAAUAUAAAUAAUAGAAUUAAAGUAAUCUCUAAUCAUUUAGAGAGUAACGAGUGUGGUAGUAUCUAUCAUAAACUUGCAGUACCACCUUCUGAAGAGAAGAGAUUUGAUUCACUUUCAAAUGAUUAUAAAUAUGAAACAAUCAUUGUAAAGAUUGAUAAGGAGAGAAAAUAUGGAUUGAUUCAACUGAAUAGAGCAAAGAUGAUGAAUUCCAUUAGUGAUCAACUCUCUAUUGAGUUGCUUCACGCCUGUAAGUCGAUGGAUCAAGACAACAGUGUUCAGUCGAUAGUGAUCACAGGAAACGAUCGUGCAUUCUGCUGUGGCGCCGAUUUGAAAGAGUUGGCAAAUGUCGAUUUCAACAAGGUGUCGUCGUAUCCAAGCAUGAUCGAUCGCAUCUGUAUGUUGUCAUCCGUAGAGAAACCACUGAUUGCAGCGGUCGGAGGAUUGGCUCUUGGCGGUGGCUGUGAGAUUGCACUGAUCUGCGAUAUCGUCAUCGCUGCGGAGAAAGCACGCUUCGGACAGCCCGAGAUCAAGAUUGGCACUAUCCCGGGUGCUGGCGGAACCCAGCGUUUGAUUCGCGCCGUCGGAAAGUCAAAGGCGAUGGAACUGGUGCUCACUGGCAGAAGCAUGAGUGCGCGCGAAGCCAAGGAAUACGGACUGGUCAGCAUCAUCACGAAAUCGCAGGACGAAGCAGUCGAGGAGGCAAUCAAGAUCGCCACUGAAAUCGGUGCACUCUCACUGCCAAUCGUCAAGAUCGCCAAGAAGGCAGUCGACCAAUCCUACGAGGGAACACUCAACGAAGGUCUCAACUCAGAACGUCAACUUUUCCAUCAAACAUUCCUCUAUCCCGAUCGUAAAGAAGGAAUGGAUGCAUUCACCAAUAAGCGAUUGAUGGAUAGUACAUCUUCAUUUAAACAAGAAUUACUGUCUCCAUCAGAGACAAGUAUAAGAUUAAUAAAUAAUAUAGAUGAAACAAAACCACCAAGAGUAAUAUCAUUCAUUUCAUUUUUGGCAGUAUGUUUCUUUUUGGUAUCGGGUGGUCCCUAUGGAGCGGAACAAGCGGUGUCAGCAGGACCUCCAGUUUAUGUGUUGUUGGCAUUCUUGGUUUUACCAUUCUUUUGGGCGUAUCCGUUAGGUAUGAUCACAGCGGAAUUGUCGAAUGCCGUCGGUGAAGAUGGUGGUGCUUCAAUUUGGGCGGAGCGUGCUUUCGGACCGGAAAUCUCGAUGCUCGUAGGUUUCUGUGGUUGGUCAGCAAACAUUGUGGAUCUCUCGCUAUACCCACUGCUAUUUGUGCAGUAUCUGUCGAAUUCAUUCGUUGGAACUCGAUUCUCUGACAACGACUGGGCUGGAAACUUGGAGCAAUGUUUAGGAUGUCGUUGGACGCUCGCUUUUAUGAUCAUCAUCAUUGUUGUACUAAUUAAUAUUUGGGGAGCGGAGGAAGUUGGAAUCGUCAUGUUGAUGGGAAUUGGACAUGUCCAAUGGAAAACAGUGUUCGAGGGUGAGGGUGGAAUGUCGGGAUUCAAGUCGCUGCAGAUUGGAACACUGAUAACCACGAUGAUGUGGUCGUACACAGGAUAUGAUGCAGCCGGUCAACUCGCAGGAGAAGUAAAGAAUCCCUCUAGAAACUACCCACUAGGAAUCAUGUGUGUUUUGUUCAUUUCCAUCGUUACCUAUUGCUUCCCGCUACUCGUUGGAAUGUCAUACUAUCAAGACUGGCCAAAUUGGCAAGAUGGCGAUUUCUCAAAGGUGGCGCUGUUGGUCGGUGGCCAGUGGCUGAACAUUCUCAUGAGUAUCGGUGGAAUGGCGUCGAACAUGGGUUUGUUCAACGCAAAUCUCUGUACGGUCUCAAGAAAUAUCUAUUCACUCUCGAAGCGUGGACAUCUUCCAAAAUUCUUUUCCUCACUCACACCGAAGCGUGGAACUCCAUGGGUUGCCAUCUGCUUCAACUCCAUCAUUGUAGCACUACUCUCAGUGUUGCCAUUCAGUUCGAUUCUCACACUGGACAUGUCACUCUACUCGAUCGUCGUCAUAUUCGAGUGUGCAAGUUACACCAAACUAUUUGUGUAUCAUCCCGACAUGAACAGACCAUUCCGCGCAGUCAAGUCAAAGAUUGCGCUGAUUCCACUCGUUGGAUUCCCGAUUGCAAUGGCAAUCUUGCUGUUGGCCACACAGACAUGGGAUACCAUCUGGAAGACAAUGAUCGUUGUCGGACUCUACAUAAUAAUCGCAGUCGUUCGCUACAUGAUUAGAGUGAGAAGACUGAAAAAGAAAGGACCAGAGCUCUACUUGGACGACGACGACGACAUCGUCAAAGAAAGACUACUCACCUACAACAACUACGGCGAUAUCUCAGUAUCAACCAACCAACCUCACCAUCAUCACAGUGGUAGUUAUAAUAAUGGUUAUAGCUAUGGUGUCAAUUGA